AAAUUUGAAUGUAAAUCCCAUGAUGCGUCGCAAUUAUAGAAAAAUAGGUACGCGUACAUGCCACUGGUCACUGGCAAACUGGCGGCAUUGGUCACUAAUACUUUAUCAGUGGUGGUAAUAUUGAUUUUAUCGUGGUGGUAAAUUCUUCCAUUGGUAAUUUAUGGCGAUAACCAUCAGCAACUUUUCAACUUUUUACCAUCAAGUUUUCACUCAAACGAGAUCGCUUCUCUUUCAUAUUUUGGCUUGUUUCUUGAGCUAGUAGGAGGCUGUGUGCGUUGAUACAAGAAAAACUUUGUUGUGCAGAGGAAGAUCGAGGUAGAAGAACUGCUUGAAAAUGAAACUUCCAACAUUGAAACAAAAUCAAGCAUGGCAGAAGAGAAACAACGACGCCAGGUUGAAGAUAGCUUGAUGAAAUUGAACGUAGUUGAAGCACCUAGCAUACGCUCGAGAGUUUUGGAUGAGGACUCGUCAACCACUGAAAACAUGAAUGAGUCCAAGCAUGUUUACGACGAUAAAGGCUCUUGCGAGUUGACAUAUUCGUCGUGUUUUUUAAAGGCAACUUUUCAAACGAAGUUUGUGGAGUUGGGUCAUCCUCCAGUUGGAUGUUGCUCUCUAACUGUACCUAAUUUAUUUGGUCAUUCACAGUGCCUUCGAGAAACAGACGUUGAUGGUCAACAGUAAUAUACAAGAACUUGAGGAUAAAAAUCACGAGGAAUGCGAUUUGUUUCAAAAGUACAUCAGCAACGAUGAUAUUUUGGAUGGCAUCGUAAGAAGAUGGUGGACGAGCUUACAGGAAUGAUUUACCAUCAAGGUAUAUUUACGAUCAGACUUAUGGCGCGUGCAAAUAUUUAUUGUACAAAUAGGAUAUUGUGUCCCCAAUGAUCCGUUUGUAACCUUUACGCAGCGGAAUUUGUAGCGUUGUUGGUGUAAAUCAUUCGUAACUUGAGUUGAAUAACAAAACAUAUUCGUUCAUUUAA